GUUAAAAUAAAUAUAUUAUAUAAAUAUAUAAGUAUAAUUAGUAGUGUGUAUUAAAAGGCAGUGUUUGUGAGAUUGAUUGAUAAACAUAAAGCUCUGCAAUAAGCCAAAAGUUUGGAACAAAUAGUUUCACCUUCUGUCGAAUAGAUUUUGAGGAAGGGGCCAUCUUGGCGACAUACAUUGUCCAAAACAGACUACAGUUAAUUUAAUAAUACACGCAGUGCACAAGUAUUUCAAAAUGUCAGAAGCUGUUGAUGAUCCGAUAAUUAAAAUUGAACCACAAGAAUAUCCAAUCGAAGACAUCAAAGAGGAAAUUGAAGAAGACCCUGAAUCCUAUUCAGAGGAUGACGAAACGUGUCUGAAAAGGUUCAGAAAUUCCAUAGUAAAAAUCGAAGAAGAAUCUCAACAGAAUAUAAUUCAGAGUCCUCCUUAUAAAUGUAACAAGUGUAAUAGAACAUUUAGAAAGUUGCAUAAUUUAGAACAGCAUAUGGUAAAUCAUAGUCAUAAGUGUACUGAUUGUUCAAAGACUUUUUCAGAUGCAAGUACAUUAAAAGUACAUCUGAGAAGUCACACGGUUGCAAAUCAUUUUGUAUGUACAAAGUGUGAUGAAGCAUUUACUACAAAAUAUCAUCUGGAUCAACACAUUUGUCCUUGUUCCACAAAACAAUUAGAUGAAAUUAUAGUUAAAAUUGAACCUGAAGAAUUUCCAAUUGAAAAUAUUCAACAAGAAAUAGAAAAAGAGCCUGAAGAAUAUUCAGAUGAUGAUAAAACAUGUCUUAAGAGAUUCAUGAAUUCUAUAGUAAAGAUAGAAGAAGAACCCCAACAGGAAUUAAUUCAGAAUCUUCCUUAUAAAUGUAAUAGUACGUUUAGAAAGUUGCAAUAUUUAGAACAGCAUAUGGUAAGUCAUAGUCAUAAGUGUACUGAUUGUUCAAAGACUUUUCAUGAUGCAAGUGCAUUAGAAAUACAUCUAAAAUCUCAUACAGGGGAAAAACAUUCCAAAUGUACAAAUUGCAAUAAAACAUUUAAUAAAUAUGAUUUAGAUCUGCACAUUUGUGCUCGUGCCAAAGAACAAAACUUGAAUGAAUCUGGUAAUCGAAAACAAAAUAUUCAUGCUGCAAAGAGACCGUAUAAAUGUCAACAAUGUGAUAAAGCAUUCAUAAGAUUGAGUUAUUUGGAUCGUCAUAUGCUCCUUCACACUGGGGACCGCUCUAAUAAAUGUACAAUAUGUGAUAAGGCAUUUGCACAUUUGAGUAGCUUGAAACAACAUAUGCUCAUUCACACUGGGGAACGUCCUAACAAAUGUACAAUAUGUGCUAAGACUUUUACUCAAUCGAGUAGCUUGAAACAACAUAUGCUUAUUCACACUGGGGAUCGCCCUAAUAAAUGUUCAAUAUGUGAUAAGGCAUUUGCACAAUUGAGUAACUUGAAACAACAUAUGCUCAUUCACACUGGGGAACGUCCUAACAAAUGUGCAAUAUGUGCUAAGACUUUUACUCAAUCGAGUAGAUUGAAACAACAUAUGCUUAUUCACACUGGGGAUCGCCCUAAUAAAUGUACAAUAUGUGAUAAGGCAUUUGCACAUUUGAGUAGCUUGAAACAACAUAUGCUCAUUCACACUGGGGAAUUUCGUAACAAAUGUACAAUAUGUGAUAAGACAUUCUUACGAUUGGAUAGUUUGAAAAGACAUAUGCUCGUUCACACUGGUGAACGCUCUAAUAAAUGUACAAUAUGUGAUAAGGCAUUUGCACAAUUGAGUAACUUGAAACAACAUAUGCUCAUUCACACUAGGGAACGUCCUAACAAAUGUACAAUAUGUGCUAAGACUUUUACUCAAUCGACUUGA